AUCGGGGAGAGACGCUUUGGCCCAAUAGUAGUUAAAGUGGACUAGUUUCCUCCGCGGAGGUGCGGAGUGUUUAAUUCAGCGCCGGGAGUGGGGGGGCUCCUGCUGAUUGGGAGCAGUCACUCGGUUCGUGUGAUACAAACGAAAACCACCCAGGCUGCACGCCACGGUCCUUUAAUUCGGCUUUUCUGCUGGGUGCGUUUGGGGCGCAUAUCAAAAGAAGACCACCUCGUCUCUCUCGCUGUCCCCUUCCCCUCUCCUUCCUCACGGAUUCUUCAGACUGAGAGAAAAACAACAGAAAAACACCCAGAAAUGGCUCAGAUACUACCCAUACGAUUUCAGGAGCAUCUGCAGCUGCAGAACCUGGGCGUGAACCCGGCCAACAUCGGCUUCAGCUACCUGACCAUGGAGUCGGACAAAUUCAUCUGCAUCAGAGAGAAGGUGGGCGACCAGAACCAGGUGGUGAUCGUGGACCUGUCGGACCCCACCAACCCACUGAGGAGACCCAUCUCUGCUGACAGUGCCAUCAUGAACCCCGCCAGCAAGGUCAUUGCCUUAAAAGCUGCCAAGACGCUGCAGAUCUUCAACAUUGAGAUCAAGAGUAAGAUGAAGGCUCACACCAUGACGGAGGAAGUCAUGUUCUGGAAGUGGAUAUCGGUAAACACCGUUGCCCUGGUGACGGACUCAGCCGUCUACCACUGGAGCAUGGAGGGGGAUUCCCAGCCGGCCAAAGUAUUCGAUCGGCAUGCCAGUCUGGCGGGGUGUCAGAUCAUUAACUACAGAACUGACGAGCAGCAGAAGUGGCUCCUGCUGAUAGGAAUCUCUGCGCAGCAAAACCGCGUGGUUGGGGCGAUGCAGCUGUAUUCCGUCGACAGGAAAGUCUCCCAGCCCAUCGAAGGCCAUGCUGCCGCCUUCGGGGAGUUUAAAGUGGAGGGAAAUGCCCAGUCCUCCACCCUCUUUUGCUUUGCAGUGCGCUCACAGGCUGGUGGAAAGUUGCACAUCAUUGAAGUUGGUCAGCCGGCUACAGGAAACCAGCCAUUUGCUAAAAAAGCAGUGGAUGUGUUUUUCCCACCAGAGGCUCAGACAGAUUUUCCAGUUGCCAUGCAGAUUGGCAACAAGCACGGUGUAAUAUAUUUAAUCACCAAGUACGGCUACAUCCACCUCUACGACCUGGAGUCUGGGGUCUGUAUCUACAUGAACCGGAUCAGCGCAGAGACCAUUUUUGUAACGGCCCCCCACGAGACCACGUCGGGGAUCAUCGGUGUCAACAAGAAGGGACAAGUCUUGUCAGUGUGUGUUGAAGAAGAAAACAUUGUCAAUUAUGCCACAAACGUCCUGCAGAACCCAGAUCUGGCCUUCCGGAUGGCUGUCAGGUCCAAUCUGGCCGGGGCCGAGGAGCUGUUUGCCAGGAAGUUCAACACUCUGUUUGCCCAGGGAAGUUAUUCCGAGUCUGCGAAGGUUGCUGCAUCAGCACCCAAGGGUAUCCUUCGGACGGCAGAAACGAUCCGUAAGUUCCAGAGUGUCCCGGCUCAGCCGGGUCAGGCCUCUCCGCUCCUGCAGUACUUUGGCAUUCUUUUGGACCAGGGCCAGCUCAACAAGUUCGAGUCUCUGGAACUGUGCAGGCCCGUCCUGCAGCAGGGCCGCAAGCAGCUCCUGGAGAAGUGGCUGAAGGAGGACAAGCUGGAGUGCUCAGAGGAGCUGGGAGAUCUGGUGAAAACAACGGACCCAACCCUGGCUCUUAGUGUGUACCUUAGAGCUAACGUUCCCAACAAGGUCAUUCAGUGCUUUGCUGAGACUGGCCAGUUCCAGAAGAUAGUGCUGUAUGCUAAAAAGGUGGGCUACACCCCAGACUGGGUUUUUCUGUUGAGGAAUGUAAUGCGCGUCAAUCCCGACCAGGGACUGCAGUUUGCCCAGAUGCUGGUUCAGGAUGAGGAGCCGCUCGCCAACAUCAACCAGAUUGUAGAUGUUUUCAUGGAGGGCAGCUUGAUCCAGCAGUGCACCUCCUUCCUGUUGGAUGCUUUGAAGAACAACCGGCCAGCUGAAGGUCACUUGCAGACCCGCCUGCUUGAGAUGAACUUGAUACACGCACCCCAGGUAGCAGAUGCCAUCCUGGGGAACCAGAUGUUCACGCACUAUGAUCGGGCCCACGUGGCCCAGCUGUGUGAGAAGGCCGGGCUGCUGCAGAGAGCUCUGGAGCACUACACCGACCUCUACGACAUCAAACGAGCCGUGGUGCACACGCAUCUGCUGAACCCCGAGUGGCUGGUAAACUUUUUCGGCUCCUUGUCAGUGGAAGACUCUUUGGAGUGUUUAAGGGCCAUGCUGUCUGCUAACAUCAGGCAGAACCUGCAGCUGUGUGUCCAAGUGGCAUCCAAGUAUCACGAGCAGCUGGGAACUCAGGCACUAGUGGAGCUGUUUGAGUCCUUCAAGAGUUAUGAGGGCUUGUUUUACUUCCUCGGGUCCAUCGUGAACUUCAGUCAGGAGCCCGACGUUCACUUCAAGUACAUACAGGCUGCCUGCAAGACGGGACAAAUCAAAGAGGUGGAGAGAAUCUGUAGGGAAAGUAACUGCUAUGACCCAGAGCGGGUUAAAAACUUCCUCAAGGAGGCUAAACUAACGGACCAGCUGCCUCUCAUCAUUGUCUGCGACCGCUUUGACUUUGUCCAUGAUCUGGUUCUCUACCUCUACCGCAACAGUCUGCAGAAAUACAUCGAAAUCUACGUACAGAAAGUGAACCCCAGUCGACUGCCUGUGGUGAUCGGCGGCUUGUUGGACGUGGACUGUUCUGAGGACGUCAUCAAAAACCUGAUCAUGGUGGUCAGGGGGCAGUUUUCCACCGACGAACUGGUGGAGGAGGUGGAGAAAAGGAACAGGCUGAAGCUCCUGUUGCCAUGGCUGGAGUCGCGUAUCCACGAAGGCUGCGAGGAGCCAGCUACCCACAAUGCCCUGGCCAAGAUUUACAUCGACAGCAACAACACCCCGGAGCGCUUCCUGAAGGAGAACCCGUUUUACGACAGCGCUGUAGUGGGACGCUACUGUGAGAAAAGAGACCCCCACCUGGCGUGCGUGGCGUACGAGAGAGGCCAGUGUGACCUGGACCUCAUCAAGGUUUGCAAUGAGAACUCGUUAUUCAAGAGCGAGGCUCGAUAUCUGGUGCGGCGAAAAGAUCCCGAGCUGUGGGCGAACGUGCUGGAGGAAGACAACCCCUUCAGAAGACAGCUCAUUGACCAGGUGGUGCAGACGGCUCUGUCGGAGACCCAGGACCCAGAGGAGGUGUCGGUCACAGUCAAGGCCUUCAUGACUGCAGACCUGCCCAACGAGCUGAUCGAGCUGCUGGAGAAGAUUGUUCUGGAUAACUCUGUCUUCAGUGAACACAGAAACCUUCAGAAUCUGCUGAUUUUAACCGCCAUCAAAGCCGACCGCACUCGCGUGAUGGAGUACAUUAACAGGCUAGACAAUUACGACGCUCCUGAUAUUGCAAACAUCGCCAUCAGUAACGAGCUUUUUGAAGAGGCGUUUGCCAUUUUCAAGAAGUUUGAUGUCAACACUUCAGCUAUACAGGUAUUGAUAGAGCACAUAGGAAACUUGGACCGUGCCUAUGAGUUUGCCGAGCGCUGUAAUGAGCCUGCGGUGUGGAGCCAGUUAGCCAGAGCUCAGCUGCAGAGAGACUUGGUCAAGGAGGCCAUCGACUCGUACAUUAAAGCCGUGGACCCGUCAGCGUACAUGGAGGUGGUCAAUGCAGCCAGCAAAAACGAUAACUGGGAAGACUUGGUCAAGUUCCUUCAGAUGGCGCGGAAGAAAGCCAGAGAGUCGUACGUGGAGACGGAGCUGAUCUUUGCUCUAGCGAAGACAAACCGGCUGGCCGAGCUGGAAGAAUUUGUCAGCGGGCCCAACAAUGCACACAUACAGCAGGUGGGAGAUAGAUGUUAUGAGGAGGGGAUGUACGAAGCAGCCAAACUCUUGUUCAACAACGUGUCCAACUUUGCUCGGCUUGCGUCCACGUUAGUCCAUCUGGGAGAAUACCAGGCAGCCGUGGACGGCGCCAGGAAAGCCAACAGCACCCGCACCUGGAAGGAGGUUUGCUUUGCGUGUGUGGACGGUGAGGAGUUCCGGUUGGCCCAGAUCUGCGGCCUGCACAUCGUGAUCCACGCUGACGAGCUGGAGGACCUGAUCAGCUACUACCAGGACCGCGGCUACUUUGAGGAGCUCAUCGCUCUGCUGGAGGCCGCUCUCGGUCUGGAGCGGGCCCACAUGGGCAUGUUCACGGAGCUCGCCAUCCUCUACUCCAAGUUCAAACCUCAGAAGAUGAGAGAGCACCUGGAGCUCUUCUGGUCCAGAGUCAACAUCCCAAAGGUCCUUCGUGCAGCUGAACAGUCUCAUUUAUGGGCAGAACUGGUUUUCCUUUAUGAUAAAUAUGAGGAGUACGACAACGCUGCGAUCACUAUGAUGAGCCAUCCGACUGAUGCGUGGAAAGAAGGGCUGUUCAAAGACAUUGUCGCUAAGGUUGCUAAUGUGGAGUUGUACUACAAGUCCCUUUCUUUCUACCUGGAUUACAAACCCCUCCUGCUCAAUGACCUGCUCACUAUUUUAUCUCCACGGCUGGACCACAGCAGAACUGUUAACUUUUUUAGCAAGAUGAACCAGCUGAAGUUGGUCAAGCCUUACCUGAGAUCUGUCCAGAGUCACAACAAUAAGUCUGUCAAUGAAGCUCUAAACAACCUGCUGACGGAAGAGGAAGACUACCAGGGUCUGAGAGCGUCCAUCGAUGCCUACGACAACUUUGACACCAUCGGCCUGGCUCAGAGGUUAGAAAAACACGAACUGAUCGAGUUCAGACGUAUCGCUGCUUAUCUGUACAAGGGAAACAACCGCUGGAGACAAAGUGUGGAGCUCUGCAAGAAAGACAAACUUUAUAAGGAUGCAAUGCUGUACGCUGCUGAGUCCAAAGAUGCUGAGCUGGCAGAGACUCUGCUGCAGUGGUUCCUGGAGGACGAUAGGAAGGAGUGCUUUGCUGCCUGCCUGUUCGCCUCCUACGACCUGCUGCACCCCGACGUGGUGCUGGAGCUGGCCUGGAGGCACAACAUCAUCGACUUUGCAAUGCCGUACUUCAUCCAAGUCAUGAGAGAAUACCUCACAAAGGUUGAUGAGUUUGCAGCGCAGGUGACGGUGGACAAACUGGAGGUGUCAGAGAGCCAAAGGAAGACUGAGGAGGAGGUGACGGAGCCUCAGCCGAUCGUGUUUGGCCAGCAGCUGAUGUUGACCGGCGCGGGGGCGGCGGCUCCAGUGACCCCUCAGCCAGCGUACCCGGGUUACAGCUACCCCGCCAACGCCGCCGGUUACCCCACCCCGCCUCCGUACGGCUUCAACAUGUAGAGCCCCGACGUCUCCUUCCUCUUCCAUCCAUCUCUCCCACCCCCUCCCCCCCUUCCUCCACAUGCUCAUGCCUGACCUGAAAUAAAACCCAAACCUGCUGCUCUGUGUCUCAGCUGCCAGUGUGGACGCCUUCAUUCCCAACAGACUCCACCCACUUUCAAAGUAACUGCAGCCUAAAACCUUCAUCUGUAGUUUUGUCCACGCCCAUUUUACAUUAGAAGGACUUUGGUGGCAUCGAGGAUAAACGUGGAUCGAAGCGCUGUCCAUGUUUUUUCCUCCACAUGAUUAACAUUACCACUGAUGUAAACGGCAUGAAGUCACCUCUCAGCUCCCGGAGGAAUUAAUGCAUCUUUAGCUUCACCAAACCACUCUAUCCUGUUGCUGUUCCAUGUAGACUUAAUCAUAGAGCGGCUUUUUUUAUGGUCUUAUUUCCAGCACUGAAGAAGAAGAGACUUCACUGUGGAGUGGAAGGAGACGUUUGUGUCUCCGACUGCAUUAAGCACUGUUACGGCCUGACUUCCUCUCAUUUGUUCAUGUUUGAUUUCAAAACUGUCUCAUAUUCUGAUUAGACAGUUACAGUGCAAUAGUUCUUGUUUUUUCUUUUCACAACAGGUACAAAAGUGUUUGAUGUAUACGGGCUAAGGACACUUGUUCACGAGGUUAAAGUCUGUGUGUGUCGGUGUUUGUCUCUAAAACUCUUUUGUGGGAUGCAUCACAAAACCAAGAGACAGUGAAAUUGGCAGCAUCCAACUUUCUGGGUCAGAGUGGGCGAUGUCAUUUGUCAGCUUCUCAGAUGCCAGGAGGGAAUAUUUGAAGUUUUGGAAUGUUUGUGACAAAAAAGAA